AGGCUAUAUUAGGGCGGAGUGGCCGCGGCUCCUUCUCCUUAGUAGCUAGUCCGCGGACCAGGAUCGUUGUACUCAGGUCACCAUGGCAACCAUCAGCUCCCUGCGGUCCCUGUGCUGUGCUGCCCGGGCACAAGUCCGAGCUUUCCACUGCACUCCCGCCCGAAAUGAAGCGGUUGUCAUAUCGGGAAGGAAGCUAGCCAGACAAAUCCGCCUAGAGGCCCGGCACGAGGUGGAGCAGUGGGUGUCAGCCGGCAACAAAAGGCCACAUCUCAGCGUGGUGCUGGUCGGGGAGGACCCUGCCAGUCAUUCAUAUGUGCUCAACAAGACCAGAGCUGCCGCCGAUGUUGGAAUCAGCAGUGAAACCAUUCUCAAGCCCUCAUCCAUCUCCCAGAACGAACUUCUAGAUCUGAUCAGCAAGCUGAACAAUGAUCACAAUGUGGACGGUGUGCUGGUGCAACUCCCUCUGCCAGAACAUAUCGAUGAGCGAGAAGUGUGCAAUGCAGUUACCACUGAUAAAGAUGUUGAUGGGUUCCAUGUGGUGAACGUUGGCAGGAUGUGCCUUGACCAAGACUCCAUGUUACCUGCCACACCCUGGGGUGUAUGGGAGAUCAUCAAGAGAACAGGAAUUCCCACUCUGGGCAAAAAUGUAGUGGUAGCUGGAAGAUCUAAGAAUGUAGGAAUGCCCAUUGCUAUGCUGCUACACACAGACGGCAGGCACGAGCGUCCUGGAGGAGAUGCCACUGUUACAAUCUCUCACCGUUACACUCCCAAGGAACAACUGAAGAUACACACCAGGAUUGCUGAUAUUGUAGUUGCUGCCGCUGGAAUUCCUAAUCUUAUUACUGCUGACAUGAUAAAAGAAGGUGCUGCUGUUAUUGAUGUUGGGAUCAACAGGGUCCACGACCCAGUCACUGGAAAAUCCAGACUUGUGGGAGAUGUGGAUUUUGAAGAAGUAAGAAAGAAGGCGAGCUACAUCACGCCUGUCCCUGGAGGAGUGGGCCCCAUGACGGUUGCCAUGCUGAUGAAGAACACCAUCAUUGCUGCAAAGAAACUGCUUAAACCCACAGAACAGCUACAAGCCGUUCAAGCUGUCGCCAUGUAACACGUACUCUGUCCAAGAACUAUCUUUACAUUCCAAACCUACACCCAUGAACAGGCCGAUGAUAAAAUGCAAUAUUUCUAUUCUAGAGAAGGUGGCAUUUAUUGCUCUCGCAGAUCAAUGAGAACGAGGACUCCCAGGGCCCAUUGAAUGCAUUCUUCUCACAUGUGCUGUUACAGGUGGUUGUCACGUUACUGUUACAAGUGCAUGCUAAAGCCAAAGGUAUAGACUCUGCAUUACAUCAAGGAUGUUAGAAGACAGGGUCAGAUGUGGAGAUCUCUCCAGUGCUGGAAGGCCUUACUAAACCCAGUUCUCCACUACUGACCGACCAGACUCAUUUGGUCACAGGGUAUGCGUUAGUCAAAUCCAAAAGCAAGAACGGCAAUCCAUUGUGGGUAAGUAGAAAAUCCAGACUUUAUUAGCU